AUCAAACUUCUAUUACAUGUAGCUAAUGCUGCUUUAAUGUCAUGUUUCGUAUCAUGUUAAAACGAAACUAGGUUUUUAAAAAAAUAAUUGAUAACUUUUUAACACAAAUUGUUCACAACCACCAAUAUUAAUUUAUGAUUAAGGAUAACAUAAACGACUAAAAAUUAUGUUUGUGAUGGAAAAUGACGUUGAAUCAAGUUUUGAAAUUGAUGUACAGCAGGAUGAAAAGGAAAAUAGACGCCGUGUGACUUCCUUGCAUGGCGAAGUGCCGGAACGAAUGCCUCCGGCCAUCCAUAUUGGUCAUCGGAGAGAUUAUGGUACAGCUACAGGUGACGUCGUUUCCGGAUACAUAACUAGUAGUGAUAUCGACUUCCAUCCUCCUUCAAACAUCUCAGAUAUAGCAUCGGAGGCCCUGCUCGAGACAUCCUCUGCACGUAUGUUUCAAAAUCGAUUAGUUUAUUCCUUGAAGAUUACCAUUGUUAAAAUAUCAUGGUUCUUAUUCAUUCUUUCUGGUGGAUUUUUCGAAAUAACAAAAGGGACAUUACCAGAUAUCGGGUUUUGUCAUUUACGAACUCUAAUUUCACAGGAACUUUUGUUUUAG